AUGGUUGGUGUAGAUUGGGUCCCAUCCAGGUCCACCCCACUCUUUGUUGUGAGGCUGGUGCACAUUACCUUCAUCUCCUUGAUCACUUGGGGUAAUGUGAUCAUGUUUGGCCCUAGCAGUGGCAGAUGGAGUAAUGUGGAUAAGGACACUCUCGUGAACAUCAACAUCCAUCACAAGCUUAACAGAGAAGACCUUGCCAGGCUGGAAAACUGGAGGGCUGAGUUUGGAUUUGCUGUGAGCAGUUCCAAAGCAUUUAUUGUAAAACAAGGGCAAAUUUGGAUCAAAUUGCUCAUGGUUGGUGGUGUCCAUUCCUCACAGGCUGAAGUGAUGGGCAUGAAAUAUGAAGCCGAAGGUUUUCUCCAUUAG